AUGCCGCUCUAUCGCACUAUCAGCAGAAGAAACAGUUCGGGUAUCUCGACAAACUACCUGCUGUUUAACCUCAUCUCAGCAACCGAACAAUUCGCUUUCACCUUCUUCUACAUCGUAGAUUCUAUCCGAGAAGACAAAGGUUUUCACCGCGAACCCGUAACCGUGGGGAAUUGGAUCGAUCUAGCACAAACGAUUGUUGUACUGUUGUACUGGCUCACCUUGUAA